UACAUCACUUGGCGUUUACGCAAGAAAGCCGCAGAGGCGAAACCGGUAUUGUGUCGCAUGAGUUGUUGGUUGUGACUGGUUUGCUGCUCUGGCCAUGGCUUUUGAUUUGAAGAAGGAAGAAGAUGUUAAGGAAUUCUUGGAUAAUCUUGGAAUCGAGUACAGAUUCGGGUGUUUCAGUGAGAAGAGAGCUGACAGUUGCCACUUACUGGGAGACUAUCUAGAAGGCGUCAAGAAAGACUUUGAAAAGGCAGCCAAAGUAUUCAGAACAAACUGCGAUGAUUCAUCAUAUGCAAAGAGCUGUUACAAAUUUGCAAACUACUGUUUCCUGGGUAAAGGAGGCAAACAGAACAUGGAUGAGGCCUACUCCUACUACUUGAAGGGGUGCUCAGCAGGGGACCCCGACUCCUGCUUGAAUGGAGGACUCAUGUGCGUUUCAAAUACACCCACAGCUCAACAGAGGCCAAAGGAUUAUGAUAAGGGUUUAGAACUCUUGGACAAAGCAUGCACUGGUAACAAUGCAUUCUCCUGCUACUACAUUUCGGGUAUUUUCAUCCAGGGAGUGAAGGACGUCAUUGGCAAAGAUAUGACAAAAGCUUUUGAUUACUCCAACAAAGCGUGUGAUUUGGGAAACAUGUAUGCUUGUGCUAAUGUGUCUCAGAUGUACCGGAAAGGAGAUGGAGUAAACAAGAAUGAGGAAAAGAGUGAGGAGUUCAAGAAAAAAGCUCUUGACCUUCAAGACCAGUACAAGGAACAGAUGCAGAUUCAAUUCCAGCAAGGAACUAAACCAGUUUAAAGUUAUCUGUUAUUUAUUUAAUUUUCAAAAAUAGUGUUUUAGCACUUGUCUUUAUAUCUAUUUGUGAUAGUCGGGAUAUAGCUAAUAUUUAGUUUUAUAUAUGUACAGUGCAUGUAGAAAUUUUGUAAAUUAUCUGUACAAAGAACUUUUUUCCUUUUUUGUCAAGAUAUGAAGUGUUUUUAUCAUAUUUAUAAUUAGAAAUGUUGUUGAGCAUUAUAAAAAAGAUCACAUAUGAUAUACAUUAUUCAUUUCUCAUAUUUUUAGUAUGGGAUUUGGAUAAAUAGAUUAUACAUAAAUGUGGACACUAGAAUCUUGUAAAUGUGGCAUUUGCCAUUGUUAAUAAAUUAUAAAAAAAAAAAAGAUAAAUGCCCUUUUUUCCAUGUGCAUUUGUUUUUAGUUAUCCACCGCUGAAAACUUAUACAAUAUAAUGAGGAAAAUUUCGAGAGAGACAGGGACAAGAAACAAACAGACCAGGAAAGUAAAAGCCAGAGGAAAUCAAGGGAAAGAGAAAAGAAAUGCAAGGAGAUCCAAUCCUAAAUACCACAUCAGAAAAAAAAUCUGCCCGAGCAAAAGUGAAAAAAAAAUUCAACAGAGUUUGACAAUCUAUGUCUUUUUAAAAGAGGGAUUACAGACUCAGUUAUAAUGUUUAAGUCACUUUUAGCUUCAGAUUAUUUGUUUUACAUCUUGUGAAAGUAAGCAACAGGAAAUACCACUUAUUGUAAGUAUUAAACAGUGGGAGGUAACAUGUACUGAAAUUAUAUAGUUUGUAAGAGCUAAAAUACCACAUGGCAGGGUUAAAAUAAAAAUAAAAAUUUAAGAAUUGUAGAUUUUAAAAAGUAAGCUAAUAUAGAUAUUUCAGGAGAAUAUAAAGAAAACGGUGGUAAAGAAAACACUCGUCCAUUAAAGGUAAAAAUCUGGUACUUUAGUAUAAUCACCUGAUAUAUAACCUUUGAAGAUACUCUUACUAAAUCUUGAAUAUGAUAUGCAGGAUCAGCAGUUACUGUCACUGGUUGUGCCUUUGAGGAGUAAGGAUGUCACUGGGCAACAGUAAUCUGCGAGAUCAUUAUUUCCUGUUAUGUAACAAUGGUUUGAGAUUUAGUAAUGAAUUCUUUAUUCUAUUAGAUGUAUUGUAUUUUAUUCCCACUACCAUUUGUAUAAAAUGUGAUGACUGUUUAAUGAAAAUCUCCUUACAGAAUUAAAUCUAAUAUUUUUUUGGGGGUUGUAAGACUACCACUCUCAAAACAAAUUUCAUUUCUGGAUUCUUCAGAUUAUAGAAAAAAGCUAGUCCAUUUCUUACUUUUGACAUAGUGUAUCUGUAAUAUUCAUCUAAGUCUGGGUCUCUUUAAUCCUUAAAUGUCAAUUUAGGUAAGCUGGGGUUGUAAUACUUGCAAUGUAUUCAGUGAAACUUGGGGGACCUCUCAUGCUUGCCAGCUAUGUUGAGCUUCCGCAUGCCGUGGCUAAUGAAGAUUAACAGACAGGUGUGAGAGGCUGGUCUGCCUCUCCGUUUAAGGAGUCUAUAAAUAUGAGUGAUAAUCCCAUGCUGACUAUAGAAACAGUGUCUGAAAAAGUUUUUGCUGCAUCAACAUCGAAGGUCAUUAGUUGCAUAUUCAAAAGAGCAAUAGGGUGGUGCUUAGGGGUGAAGCCCCCAGGUAAGGAAGUUUUUGGGUUCAUAAAGUGAUGCCAGUUGACUUCCAGAAUGGUUAAUAGUCAAAACAAAUAGAUGUGCCAGACAUCAAAGAUCAUAUAUCGUUAUGAUAUAAAUAUUAUGGCAAAAAGGGUAAAAAUGAGUUAACGAUUGGGAUAAGUGGACAGAAGAAGGGAUGAAGAAGAGAAGGAAAAGAAAAGGAGGAGAAUAAAAGACCAUGCAAAAUUAGUUGAGGCGAGGGCUGAGGUCCAAGGUCGGGGUGAUCCCCUACUUUGAGCCUCAGUGUCUGUCUCCUAAACCCCCCAUGACAACAAUGAACAAGGGAUUGGGGGGGGACCAAUAGUUGGAUAUGGUUCAACGUCAAUCACUUCUGCAAUACAACUGGCAGCAAUCAAGUCCGAUAGCACUCAAAUUUCAUAUUUUUCUUUUAUUAAUUAUUUACUCGUAU